CCUCCCUCGACUCUCGCUGUUGCAUCUUUAUGGUUCCGGUCCCACCUUCCCUUGGGGCCGGAAGUGGCGCAGCGGCGAAGGUUGAGCGAGUCGAAGGACUUAAGAAGGCUGCGGUCUUAGCUGUGAACGCCAGUUUUUUUGCAGGGGGCAAAAUGCCAUCGGCUAAACAAGUAGCUGACUUUGGCUACAAGGCCUUCUCUGCCUCCAUGAUGUUGCUCACCGUGUACGGCAGCUUCCUGUGUGGUGCCCAGGCCUAUCGCUACUUUCAGCAUCGUGGUGUCCUGCGUCAGGCAGCUGAAGAACAAAAGACUCCAAACGUCCUACGGGACUGAAGAGAUUGUUUUAUCAUAGAAUACAGAGGCCUGUGGCCUGCUGUAGAACAUCAGACAUUAUUUGCAUGGAAGGGUAAUUACCAGCCCUUGCUUGGGAGUCUCCCUGGCUUCCAGUCUUGGUCAAAGGAAUGUAUUGAUGUGCUCCCUGCCUUGAGUUCUGAGUGAUGAUGGAUCACAGUGGAGGGGUGACAGUGAAGGACAUACAAAGACAUUAAAUAUGGUUUGCCAUUUCAA